AUGCCAAUACAGGUGUACUUUAAAGUCAGAUGCGAUACGCAUUCAUCGCAGGAACUAAGAAUUGUGGGAGAUAUUCCAGCUUUGGGCAUGUGGAAUCCAUAUAAUAGUCUGACUUUGCAUACCAAUAGAGAAAUAUAUCCAUUUUGGGUAGGAUAAAUUUAUGAGGACCUAGAAUAAAAUACUCUGAUUCAAUUUAAAGCAGUUAUUAUUGAAAGUGAUGAGAUUAUUUGGGAAUAGAGUGAAAACAGGGCUAUUUAAAUCAGAUACUAAUCGUAGAGUGUCUUAUUUACUUUUAGUGGCACGUUCACAUAGAUGGUGAAAAUCCAAUCAUAUCUAGAUUAGCCAUCGGAUUCCGAAUCAGAAUCAAUUGAUAUUAAGGGAGCAAGGAAAAUCUAUCUCUAGACAUCUAAACAUCCAUAUGAUUAUGAAUUCGUGAGUUCUGUAAAAAACCAAGUUUAAUUAGGACUCUGGAAGAGACAAGAGUGA